UCACUGGGACUUUCCGGAUACGUCAUUCGGGGCUUCCGAGUUAUUAAGCUAGCUCUACCUCUGUGUUCAUGUCGUUAGACACUCUAAACGUCGCCUCGUUGCUCCGGGCUACACACCAAAAGAUACCAUGAAAACGCAAAAGGCCCCCAACAGCGCCGAAAGGUCUGAAUAUUGAGACGUCGGUGUCGGGAGCGACGGUCAGACUGAGAGGCGGAAUGUCAACAACGCGGCCCCUCCUCGGAAUGAGACGAGUCACCGAGCUAACGUGCGCCGAGCAGCCGGCCAGCAGGCUCCCUGCUACCGACGGGAGGCAGCAGCUGGACGACCCCACCGUGGACGAGUUUACGGUGCUGGAGGAGAAAGAAAACGAGCUGAAAUGCGCAAGGCCGCGAAUGGAGCAGGUUUUCAAAGUAACAUUCAAUAUUAUCGGUCUGCUGGACCACACGGGACAGCCGCACGGCAGCAAAACAUCCCGGCAGAUAUGGCUGCAGCUCCGAGGAAACCGAGACGACGUGUCAAAGGCAAAGGAAUAUGUUCGAGGACUCUGUGACCCAGAGCUACAGAAAGAAGAGAGGUACCCAGCGGACAUGCACUGUAUUUUUGCUGGUGCCCGGGGCCUCUUCCUGGACAGGCUCAUACGCGACACAAGUGCCGAAGUUGUGGUGCCUGAGCCGGGCCGCCUGCGGUUGUUGGGCCGGGUAGAAUCCGUAGUGAUGGCCCAGAGCAGAGUUCAGCAAUUUGUAGCGCUGUUCCAGGAAAAGCGAAGUCUGCCAAGUGACAGAGAGCCCACAGUGAAGCGAGCGUUCAAGUCCUUUGUGGAGGAAAGGGAUGACAAGUACACUAUGGAGCUUCUUCUGCUGCCCAGUGCCCUGAAGGAGGAGUUACUGGGACUGGCUCAUAGCCCCACUACAACAAACGCAUCCUCCCUGACGCUGCAUCCCAGCAUGGCAGAGGUCGACCAGGACCGCUCGCAGAGUAGCACCCCUGUGACGGAGCUCUCCAACCGCAUACUUGGCACCAGCUUUGAGGAGAAAGGGAGCACCGCGGCAUCUGUCAGCGGAGGCGGCAAGGCAGGGGGAGCGACGGGCUCGGGUCCCGAGGCCGCCCUGCUGCUCAACGGUACUCGGCCUUCGCACAAGCGGCGCUCGUCCGGGAGCGAGACCCGCGACACAAAGAGACAGUACUCCCUUGAGCGGAGGGACGAGUCGCCGGAGAGAGCGCGAGAGAGGGACCGGGAGGGCCGGGGGGGCAGUAGCAGCAGCUGCAGAUCCAAAACCCCCUCGUCUUCAUCCUCCCUCUCCUCCUCCUCCUUCUCCUCCUCCUCGGGAAAAGCAAACACAGUAGUAGGAGCGAACAUGUUGGACUCCAGUGAAGGAGUCUUGGAUGACGGGGAGGCAGUAAGCCCAGAAACCAACCUCCGCUGCUUGGUCAAUUUCUUCAGAACCAUGGGUUACCAGCAGGAAGUGGUGGAGCGUGUCGUCAAGGAGACGGGACAGACGGAAGAUACCUUCCUCAUUCUGGAGAAAAUCGUUGAUGAAACCAAACGCUGUGAAGAGGGGUCAAAUGGGGGGGGGAAUGAAAGACGAUUGAACGCUGUGCGCUCUCCAGACACUCCCUCCUCCUCCUCAACCUCCUCCUCUAUGGUCUCUCGAUUCAGAGAACUGAGCAGAGCGUUGGUAGACCAGGGCAGGUCUAAAGAGAACAUUAAGCCCAGCCAGCAUGGAGGCAGUAGUAACGGUCUGGGCCACCGGAGGCAGUGCAGUGGCAGUGAGACCAGCACUCAGCAGGCCAUCACCAUCAAGAGAAGCUCAAGUGCUCAAGGAGGAGCAGGAAACUACGAGGUUAUUACCAUCGACGACGACGAAGACGUCGUCCUCAGGAAUAGCAGAACGGCGGACAGUCGGACGUCCCGGAUGAUGACAGUGCCGCACCUGGACACCCGGUCCGGAUCCAGAACAGACUACUUGGCGCGGGGAGGGGGCAGCGUCUCUCAGAGGGACUACCUGUCGAGGGGUGGGACUCAGACUUUGGGGGGAGCGGUGAAAGUUGAGACUAUGACAGCACUGCGCAGCACGCCUCAAUGGCUGACGGCCACCACCAGCUCCUUAACGUCGACCCCCAGUUCAGCUCAGCCCAUCCCCCGGCCCUCGGCCUCUCCCUAUCAGACCAUUGGCCACAUGGGGUUCCACGGUGUGGGAGCCAGGACUCCUCCUGCCAACGACCCCCCGGCUCCCCCAGUGACUGGUUUCGCUCGUUUCCAUCAGUCGCUGCGGACUCCCUACACGUUGAAGUUGCCCAAUGACCCGGGACGCCAGGAGCUCAGGCACAUCAUCAUCGACGGCAGCAACGUGGCUAUGUCUCACGGCCUUCAUCGGUUCUUCUCCUGUCGAGGAAUAGCGCUGGCUGUGGAGACCUUUUGGAGGCUGGGUCACCGGGAGAUCACAGUCUUUGUCCCCCAGUGGCGCCAGAAAAGAGACCGACUCACAACAGAGCAACAUUUUCUAAACCAGCUAGAGGACCUGAGGCUGCUCUCCUUCACUCCCUCCAGAGAGGUGUGUGGCCAGAGGAUAUCCUCACAUGACGACAGGUUCCUGCUCCAUCUUGCCGAAAAAACAGAUGGGAUCAUCGUAACCAACGACAACCUGAGGGACUUUGUCGACACCUCGGACACCUGGCGCAAGAUAAUUCAACAGAGGUUGCUUCAGUUUACCUUCGUGGAGGACCACUUCAUGAUCCCCGAUGACCCUCUUGGGAAGAACGGACCUCACCUAGACAUCUUCCUGCGUCGAGACAACAGGAGGGCCCGAGUCACUCCUCCCCCUCUGAGACCCCCAGACAUCCGGCUAUCCACCCAGCAGCAGCCGGUUUACGUCCAGGCCCUCCAGUCCACCCCUCAGACCCUGGCCCCCACGCCUCGGCCCCCUCCCUCCCUGACGCCCCACCCCAGUGUGCCCCACUCCGGUCCCCCCGAAUGGCACCCACCCCGCCGCUCCCCUUCCCCCUCACCCUCGCCCCCUCCACAGCGGUCACCGGGGGAGACGUCGGAGCUGAAGAGAAAGCUGUACGACAUCUUCCCCGACCAGAAGCAGCGGAUCGACCGCAUCCUCAGCGACAACCCGUACAUGAGAGACCUGAACGCCCUGUCUGGGCUGCUGCUGGGAUAAAGAGCCGGCUCACACAGUACAUAUGAACACAUAUGCAAGGAUAUAUACGUGUCGGCACAAACAUAAUUUAUUUCACCAUUUCUUCCAGCCUGGAGGUCAUGUGAAGUUUUUUGAUUUUAAUAUAAUUUUUUUAAAUAAGCUGCUAUUGGCCGAUAUUUUCCUCUUUGCUCUCAAUUUAAUUUAAGGUGAACGACGCCGGUGUCCACACGACCAAAAUGAUAACAAAUUGGCCAGUUUGUCAAGCAGCAAAGUCUUUUUGGUUCCGAUGAGCAUAAAUCAUUGCAGAUCCUCGACAACAGUCCAGAGGGCCCCUGACUGUGGAACCAGCACUAGGAGACUCUCCAGAACCUUGUUUACCACCAGACUCGAACACGUUCUGAAUGAACAAGCUCUGAGCUUUUUAUGUACACAAAUUGGGACAGGUUUUCAACAUAUUAGUUUAUACCCUUGUUAUGUUCUGUAACAGUGAAUUCACAGCUUUUGAACUGUCAGAGAACAGUUUUCAAUCGUCAACAGUACCACUGUUUCUUUUCUUUUUUUUGCAGUGUUUUUCUAGGAAGCGUGAUGAGAUCACCAGCUUUGGCGUCACACAAAUCACUAUUACUGACAAAAAAAUUCCCCGAAAGUCAUAUUUAGAUAUUAGAUACAACUUACUACAUUAUGGAAGAACCUAUGUGCGUGUUUUUAAGCUAUAUUGAUGGGCAGUUAUGACAAUUAGGUCCUCUAUUAUACACAAUGUAUACCUGCUGAGUUAUUCCCAACUCCAUUUCUCAUAUUAAAGCAGCGCUGCCCAUCUCUAUGCCUUUUGAAAUGUUAACCCGUACACGCCACAAAGGAUUACCUGACGGAAGCCAAUUCUUUACCAACUGUCAAAACGAUAACCGCUAACUUAUGAAAGGCGUCGUCCUUCCUCAGUCACACAGCUUGUGUUUUGGAUGAAUGUCUUCAAGGUUGCUUUCCUAUAGAAUUUUCAUUGUUUUGCAGAAAUUCGCUCAAUAAUCGAAGGGAAAUGGAGCGCCGCCACUGUGACAUAACCCCCACAUCCCGUGUUCUCUGGCAGCUCCGUGUUGCUGCUGUUUCUUCCUGAUCUCUGUGGCGGACUUCGCCCCCAGCAUCCGUUGUUCCAGUUGUAUCCACUUUGAGCCUGUGUUUUCAGGAGGAUGCGGUCACGAGUUCUACGUGAGCAUUCACUUAGGGGGAGUUAUCCGCCUCGGCCUUUUCCGGCCUUUUCCGGCGAUACGUUUGUAAGUCCACAACACUACAAGACUUUGGAUUUAUCCAUUGAGCUCAUGGUUCCACUUUAAUUUGAAAUCGCACACCGUACGUUUGCGUGCCAGAAUAAAAUCUUGCAAAAACGACAUUUACCAUGUUGCAUUUGUAAUUAGUGUUUAAUAGCUCAAUUUAAUGCACUGAAGGCAAGUAACGGUGAUGUGAGUAAACUGAGGUUUCAUUGAUGAAUCGUCAGGUCUUGUGGUGUUUUCGUUUCUUUUUUACCCUCAUACAGCCAGAGAAUGCAGGCCGCUGCAUCCGAGUUUUGUAAUAUACACAACAUUUUAUCUCCUUGUAAGGAAAAAGAAUCUGCACAAAACUUUUACAAGGUGUCUCAAAGUAUGUUUUGUUUGUACUUGCCAUGUUGUUGUAAGGAUUACUGAAGGAUUCUCUUUUCUUUUUUUUUUGUAUUAUAGUUAUUGUGUAUAUCAAUCUUUUUCUUUUUUGUAAAUACAUGCAUUUUUGGCUACGGUGCACAUAUGGUGGGGGGGAAAAAGGAAAUAAAUAUGGCAGUCCCCAUAAAA